UGCAGGAAUCUGACCAUGCUGGUCAGUCAGGAGGUUCUGUGCGAGGACCCCCAAGGUUGCCACCGAGACCUGUGAAUGGAAAAGUCGUACUAGCUCGACAGCCUCCUCCCAAGGGGGCCCCUGAGAGACCACCUCCCCCAAAACUUCCUGCAACCAGAGCAGCAGAUAAAAAACUGCCUUUUAAUCAGUCUUCUUCCGACAUGGAUCUUCAGAAAAAAACAAGUAACCUGGCAUCUGGACUCUCAAAAGCCAAGAGUCAAGUCCUUAAAAAUCAAGAUCCGGUGCUGCCCCCUCGCCCCAAACCAGGACACCCUCUCUACAGGAAAUACAUGCGUGGGGACGUCCUUGUGAUACUGAAGCAGGUGGAAGGUAAUUACUUGGAGUGCCGGAAGGGAGCCGCCGCUGGCAGAGUUCACCUGUCUCACAUGAAGAUCAUCACCCCACUUGAUGAACAUCUCAGAAGCAGGCCGAACGAUCCAAGCCACACUCAGAAGCCUGUUGACAGUGGUGCCCCUCAUGCUGUCGUUCUUCAUGAUUUUCCGGCAGAGCAAGUUGAUGAUUUGAACCUCACUUCAGGAGAAAUUGUUUAUCUUCUGGAAAAAAUAGGUACAGAUUGGUACAGGGGGAAAUGUAGAAACCAGACUGGUGUAUUUCCUGCCACCUACGUCAAAGUGAUUACUGAUGUUCCAGGAGGAAAUGGGAAAAGGGAAUCCGUCGCAUCUCAUUGUGUUAAAGGCCCAAGAUGUGUUGCUCGAUUUGAGUAUAUUGGAGACCAGAAGGAUGAGUUAAGUUUCUCAGAGGGAGAAAUUAUUAUUCUUAAAGAGUAUGUGAAUGACGAGUGGGCAAGAGGAGAACUUCGAGAGAGAUCUGGGAUCUUCCCCCUUAACUUUGUGGAACUCAUUGAGGAUCAUCCCACCUCUGGUACAAAUGUUUUAAGCACAAAGGUACCACUGAAAACCAAAAAAGAAGAUUCUGGUGCAGAUUAUCAGGAGAACAGUCUUUCUGCAGAAUGGUGUGAAGCUCUUCACAGUUUCACAGCGGAGACCAGUGACGACUUGUCCUUCAAGAGGGGAGACCAGAUCCUGAUCAUAGAACGUGUGGACUCCGACUGGUACAAGGGCAGACUGCGCGACAGGGAGGGCAUCUUCCCCGCAGUCUUCGUGCGGCCCUGCCCAGCUGAGGCUAAAAGUAUGGCUGCUUUAGCACUGAAGGGGAGGAAGGCCAAAGCCUUGUAUGAUUUCCACGGGGAGAAUGAAGAUGAGCUUUCCUUCAAGGCUGGAGACAUAAUAACAGAGCUGGAAUCUGUAGAUGAUGACUGGAUGAGUGGAGAAUUGAUGGGAAAAUCUGGAAUAUUUCCCAAAACCUACAUUCAGUUUUUACAAGUCGGCUAAAGGUGAAGCUUGACUGUGUUCCUUGGCACAAGAACUCGCUUGAACUAUCACUUUGACUAUCAGAUAUGUUUUUGCACUAUUUUUUUAAACUGAAAGAAGUAUCUAUGCUGUACAUGGUAUACUAGAAUUUUCUGAAAGCAGAAAACAUCUGAUUUUGUAGUUAGCUUUCAUUCACAGUAGAAACGUGUGCAUGGAAACCCAUGAGCACAUUUCUACCAAGGAGGACAUCAAGCAGGAUUAGCAAGG